AUGAGUGGCAAGGACCCUGACACAAUCCAAUCAUUCAGAAUGGGCACUACUAUUGGUACGAAUGCAUUGCUUGAGAGACAAGGUGAACGUGUGUUGUUGGUCAUUACAAAGGGAUUCAAGGACUUGUUGCAGAUUGGUAAUCAGGCCAGACCUAAUAUCUUUGACUUAGAGAUACGUCGUCCAGACUUGAUCUAUGAAGAUGUACUUGAGGUUGAUGAGCGUGUGUCACUCUCGCCUCUGGCCGACCCCUCAAUCACUCCCAACAAGGAGAGCGGCGCAUACGUGUUGCGUAAGCCAGACUUGCAACAAGUGCGCAAAGACCUCAAGAGAUACAAGGAAAUGGGCAUCAACAGUGUGGCUAUCGUGUUUAUACAUUCAUUCGCAUUCCCUCAGCAUGAGCAGAUGGUUGGCCAUCUGUGCCAGGAGGUUGGAUUCCAGCAGGUGUCACUGUCAUCUCAGUUGAUGCCAAUGAUCAAGGUGAUCCCGCGUGGAGUGACGUCAUGCGUCGACGCCUACCUCACACCAAAGAUCGCACACUACAUCACCAACUUCUUGUCAGGCUUUGACGAUAGGAUAUCACAGGACGUCGAUAUCUCAUUCAUGAUGUCCGAUGGCGGCCUGUGCCCAGUCGACAGCUUUAAGGGCUUCCGAUCCAUACUCUCGGGCCCUGCCGGCGGUGUCGUCGGCUACGCCUACGCAACGUACGACAAGCAGAACCCACAGCCAGUGAUUGGAUUCGAUAUGGGUGGCACAUCAACUGAUGUAUCUCGCUACAAUGGACACUUGGAGCACAUCUUUGAGACAGAGAUCUCGGGUCUCACAAUCCAGGCACCUCAUUUGGACAUCACGACUGUGGCCGCUGGUGGUGGCUCACGGUUGCUCUUCCGCGCUGGUCUCUUUGCGGUUGGCCCAGAGUCAGUGGGAGCUCACCCCGGCCCAGUGUGUUACCGCAAGGGUGGCAUGCUCGCUAUCACAGACGCCAACUUGGUACUUGGCCGACUACUCCCGCAACACUUCCCAUCCAUAUUCGGCCCAACCCAGGACCAGCAGUUGGACGCUGAGGCAGCACGCGCAGCCAUGUCCAAGAUGGCAGAUGAUGUCAACAAGUUCUCGAGAGAGCAUGGCGUGGCAGAGAUGUCCGUUGAUGAGGUAGCAUAUGGAUUCAUUCGCGUGGCCAACGAAGCUAUGUGUCGCCCCAUCAGGAACAUCACUGAGGCCAAGGGUCACGAUGCCAGCCACCAUGUUCUCAGCUGCUUUGGUGGCGCUGGCGGUCAACAUGCCUGCGCCAUUGCCAUGAACCUUGGCAUGCCAAAAGUGUUCAUUCACCGCUUCUCUGGCAUCCUCAGCGCAUACGGACUCGGUCUAGCCGACCUCGUCGUGGAGAAACAGGAACCAAGUUCACAAGUCUACAAACCUGAGAACAUGUCAUUGUUUGAACAAAGACUACAACACCUGGGCCACGAGGCCACGCAGGAGUUGUGCGGCAAAGGAUUCACGAGCGAUCACAUCACAAUAGAGAAGUACUUGAACCUACGAUUCUCUGGCACAGACACAUCAAUGAUGAUCCAAUGUCCCGAAGACAGUGACUAUGAACGAGCGUUCAAAGAGAACUACAAGCGAGAAUAUGGGUUCCUCAUUCAAGGACGCGAGCUAUUGGUCGAUGAUAUCCGCAUCAGAGCUGCGGCAAAGGGAUCAACCCUAAAGCCAAUCAUGAUCACCGAUACCAACUCUGACGAACCACCAACUCCAAACACAUACAGCGAUGUCUACUUCAAUACACUUGGACGUGUAAAGACACCGGUGUACUUACUUCAAGAACUGCUUGGUGGUCAUAAGAUUGAUGGCCCAGCCGUCAUCAUUGAUAAUACUAGCACUGGUAAGCCCAAGAAGGUCAGCGUGGAUCUAGACCCAAUCACACUAUCAGUAUUCUCUCAUCGCUUCAUGAGUAUUGCCGAGCAGAUGGGAAGGACCCUACAGCGCACAUCAGUGUCGACCAACAUCAAAGAACGUCUGGAUUUCUCGUGCGCGUUGUUUGGACCAGAUGGCGGCCUUGUAGCCAACGCGCCACAUCUCCCCGUCCAUCUCGGAUCGAUGCAAGAGGCAGUGCGCUGGCAGAUCGAUCAUCUGGGAGAGAACUGGCACAAUGGCGAGGUGAUCCUCUCCAAUCAUCCACAGUCUGGCGGCAGCCACUUGCCAGACAUGACGGUGAUCACGCCCGUCUACCAUGGUGGAAAGGCAGUGUUCUACAUGGCAAGUCGCGGCCAUCACGCCGACAUUGGAGGCAUCACACCCGGUUCCAUGCCCCCAUUCUCCAAGAGCUUGGAGGAAGAGGGUGUGGCAAUCCCCUCAUUCAAACUCGUCCGCGACGGUGCAUUCCAAGAGGCUGAAAUUCGCACCUUGUUUGCCAAGUCGCGCAACCUUUCGGACAACCUCUCAGACCUGAGAGCACAGGUGGCCGCCAACAACAAGGGUAUUGGACUAAUGGAGGAGUUGAUCACAUACUAUGGCAUGGACGUCGUUCAUGCCUACAUGCAUCACGUGCAACAGAAUGCAGAAUUGGCCGUCAAAGAGAUGUUGUGCGAGAUUUCAAACAAUCAUGGACUGAAGCCGGUCGACACAUUGGUGUCCAUCGACUACAUGGACGACGGUACACCCAUCAAGCUGGCUCUGACCAUCGAUCGCGAUGCAAAGACUGCUGUGUUCGACUUUACUGGCACUGGUUGCGAGGUGUUUGGCAACACCAACUCGCCACCCUCCGUCACCAAGUCUGCAAUCAUAUACUCGUUACGUUGUUUGGUCAAGCGCGACAUCCCACUCAAUCAAGGUUGUUUGAACCCGAUCACAAUCAACAUACCAAAUGGCACGAUACUAUAUCCCAGCGAAAACGCCGCUGUUGUUGGAGGAAACGUGUUGACUUCGCAGCGUGUAACCGAUGUCAUACUUAUGUCGUUUGGAGCAUGCGCCAACAGCCAGGGCUGCAUGAACAAUCUGACAUUCGGUGACGAGACAUUGGGCUACUACGAGACGAUUGGAGGCGGCUCUGGCGCCGGUCCUACAUGGCACGGCUGCUCGGCUGUGCAGUGCCACAUGACCAACACCCGUGCCACAGACAUUGAGAUCAUGGAGAAGCGAUAUCCAGUCAUUGUGCGCCAGUUUGGCAUUCGCGAAGGCUCUGGCGGAAAAGGACAGUACAAUGGAGGCGAUGGUAUUGUGCGCGAGAUCGAGUUCCUCAAGGAUUUCUCAGUGAGCAUACUGUCGGAACGCAGAUCAUUCGAGCCAAGAGGUCUGAAGCAAGGAGGCAAUGCUCAACGUGGUGCCAAUCAUGUAUUCAAGAAGGAUGGACGAGUGAUCAGUCUAGGUGGCAAGAACUCAAUUCCAUUACAACAUGGUGAUCGAUUACGUAUUCUUACUCCAGGUGGUGGUGGCUAUGGACCUUCAUCGACAACAAAUUAA